CAAACUCUGCAUCUGUGCGUCCCCGCCGCUAGAGGGCACUGUUUAUCUGAAUAAAAACUUUAUGAAAAAACACAAUUAUUAUUUGUGUUAUAUUCUCUUUUAAGGUUUGCCAGGGACAUUAGUGUAUUUAAAUAACAUUAAAAUAAAUGUGAUGCGUACAAAAAAAUCCUGCUUUUUUAUUUAUUUAUUUUUUUGUGGAGCGUGUUUGCGGUUCCAGGCCGGCUCUUGCGCACAGACGUGCAGUCAGAGCUUAUGUUGGAGUGAAUGAAGAUCCGCGAGCGACCGAACGUUUCUGGGCUCCGUUUCGCUGGAAACGACCGGAUCGAGCCCCGAACGGAUCCCGGAACGGAUCCGCAGCUCGUGCGCACGCAGCGCCGCGCCGCGCGGGAGUGGGAGGACACCGCCGCACUUUAAUGCUGAAAUAUGAGAGAACAGAACCGGGGCGGGUGAAGGAAAGCACAUGGGAGAGGACUUGCCGUGAACUCCUGGCUGUAAAAGGAGAAGAAGAAAGAAAAAAAGAAAAGAAGUGGAUUUGCCUAAAAGGGAUGAUUACAGCCACUGUGGUUCCGGAGGAAGCUCUGCGCACCGCCUGAAUGGAGUGAGAGGCUGAGCGGGUUCCUGAUCCAAAGCUUUCCUCCAGUCUCAUUCAUCCAGGAUCUCCAGAAGUGACGGAACAUGCUGCGUUUACCAGCUUUGCAUUCGCUGUGGAUCCUGAUCCUGUCCAGCGUUUCCCCAAUGGGAGCAGAAGAAAAGCAGGGUUACCUGGUCGCCGCACCCUCAGUUUUCCGAGCCGGCGUCGAGGAGAGCGUGAGCGUGACCCUCUUCAACCCAAAAGCGGAAACGCGGGUUCAGGCGCAGCUGUCGGUGAAGGGGCAGACGGUGGCGCACAGCCACAGCUCCGUGUUCGAUAAAGGAACCAUUAAACUGAAGGUUCCCUCCGGGCUGAGAGGUCAGGCUCAUUUGAAAGUGUGGGGGAACCGCCAUCUUACAGAGGGAGGUUACAUUUUCCACAACUUCACCACCGUCACCGUGGAGAGCACGGGCACGGCUGUCUUCAUCCAGACCGACAAGCCCAUCUACAAGCCCAAACACAAAGUGCUCAUCAAUGUCUACACGGUCACACCAGACCUGAGGCCAGCGAAUGAAAAGAUUGAGGCGUAUGUUUUGGAUCCCAGAGGAUCAAGGAUGAUCCAGUGGAAGAACCUUAAGCCCGUCUGCUGCGGACUUGUGAACAUGAGUUUCCCUCUGUCGGACCAGCCUGUUUUUGGGGAGUGGGUGGUGUUCGUGGAGGUGCAGGGCCACACGUACAACAAGUCCUUUGAAGUGCAGAAAUACGUGAUGCCAAAGUUCGAGUUGGUGGUCGAUCCGCCGCCGUACAUCCGUGAUCUGAACCUCUGCGAGCCGGCUACAGUCACAGCUAAGUACACCUUUGGAAAACCAGUGACAGGUAAACUGACCGUCAACAUGACUGUGAAUGGAGUCGGCUACUACCGCCACGAGAUGGGACACCCUGUCAUAAAAACUAUGGAGAUCAGAGGUUCUGCCAACUUCAGCCUGUGUGUCAGAGAGAUGAUGCCGGUGGACGUGGCGGACCACUUCAGGGGGACGGUCAGCAUCUGGGCGUCCGUGACCAGCGUGGACGGAAGCCGGCAGACCACGUUUGACGACUCCACGCCCGUCCACAAGCAGCUCAUCGACAUCAAGUAUUCCAAGGAGACGCGGAAGCAGUUCAAACCCGGGCUUCCUUAUAAAGGAAAGAUUGAUGUCACCUAUCCUGAUGGGAGUCCAGCUGAUGGGGUGAAGGUUCGCAUCAAGGCAGAGCUCAGUCCGCGGGACAACAUCUACACCAGUGAGCUGGUUUCCAAAGAUGGCCAAGUCAGCUUUGAGAUUCCCUCCAUCCCCACAGCUGCCCAGUAUGUCUGGCUGGAGACCAAGGUGACAUCCAUUGAUGACAGGACAGUGGGAGACCAGUAUUUACCAAACUACCUCUCCAUAACCAGUUGGUAUUCUCCAAGCAUGUGUCACAUCCAGAUCCAAAACCCCAGCAGACUUCUGAAGGUUGGCCAGGAGGCUGAAGUGGCGCUUAAAUCCACAUGUCCCUGUAAUUUCACUUUGCACUAUGAAGUGGCGUCCCGAGGGAACAUCGUCCUGACGGGGAAACAGCCAGCAAACACGACGGUUUCACGCAGAGAAAAACGCGCCACGGUCACCUUUGACAAGAACAUCCACGCCACCCAGAGCCCGCCCUCUGCAUCGGGUCCUGCAGGUUCCUCCUCUCAGGAUGAGAUGGACAUCUGUGUGUCUUAUCUGCGUUUCCCUGUCAGUAACUCCAUGACGCCCACCAGCCGUCUGCUGGUCUACUACGUGAGGGAAAAUGGCGAAGGUGUCACCGACAGUCAACAGCUCUCUGUCCUGCCUGAGUUUGAGAACCAGGUGUCUGUUUCCCUUUCCUCUAACGAGUCCAUACCCGGGGACCCGCUGACUCUCCGUGUUCGGGCGGACCGGGGCUCCUGUGUUUGUAUUGCGACGGUCGACAAGAGUCUCUACCUGUUAAAGCCCGACUUUCCACUGACUCCCGACAAGGUGUUCAAAGAGUUGGCAGAGUUUGACGUCUCCGACGUGUUUGGCAGUCCUAAAGAUGACAGCCACUUCUGGUGGCCUGGCCUGUCAUCCAAGAGGCGCAGGCGCUCUUCUGUGUUUCCGUGGCACUGGGACAUCACUAAGGAUGCUCGCUUCGCUUUCACGGAAACGGGGCUGGUGGUGAUGACAGAUAUAGUGAGCUUAAACCACCGGCAGAGUGGAGGAAUGUACACAGAUGAAGCUGUACCUGCUUUUCAACCGCACACCUCCACCUCAGUGGCUGCCGUCAACACCCGCCCUUCAAACAGAGCAGAGAGACACAGGCGCACGUUCUUCCCGGAGACGUGGGUGUGGCACUGCCUCAAUGUCAGCUCUGAGACCGGAGAGGCUGACCUGCAGCUGGAUGUGCCCGACUCCAUCACCACAUGGGUGACGGAGGCCGUCGGCCUAUCUGAAACCAAGGGUCUGGGCGUGGCAAAGAGGGUGGAGCUUCGCACCUUCAAACCCUUCUUUGUUGACGUCACGUUGCCCUACAGCUUAAUCAGAGGCGAGCAGACCAAAGUUCCCCUCACCGUCUACAACUACCUGCCCACUUGUUCUGAGGUUCAUGUGAAAGUGUCCGUUCCAAAGGGCGUCAAGUUUAUUGGUCAUCCUGGAAAGCACCACCUUGCUCGAAAGAAGUGCGUCGGACCUGGAGAAGCCACUCCCACAUCCAUCGUUUUGUCUUUCGCUGAACUAGGAUCUGUUGACAUCACAGCCCGAGCCAUCGCCUACAGUUCUCCAAGCUGCUGUUCAGAUGGUUUCCUUACAGGCAAAGUAGGAAAUGAUGUGGAGGAAAGGAGGAUUCCAACUGGCUUGGACUACGUUCGCAGGACUGUCCUGGUGGAGCCAGAAGGCCUGCCAAGAGAAUACACUUACAGUGUCUUCUUCUGUCCCAAUGAGAGAAUUCACAUUUCCACCCCAAACAAAUAUGAAUAUCAGUACGUCAAAAAACCAAGCAAGAUGACCGAGUUCCAGGUGGCGGUGAAGACCCACAACAACGCCCACUUUGCCCUCUCUGCCAGUCCCCAUGACAGUGCAGAGAUGCUUGAGAUUGUCCUUGGAGGUCGACAGAACACUCGCUCCUGGAUUUCUUUGGGGAAGAUGGGAGAGCCGCUGGCCUCCGCCCACACCCCGGGUAUCCUGUCCUGGGAUGAGUUUCGUAGUUUCUGGAUAAGCUGGAAGGAUGGCCUCGUUCAGGUGGGGCAUGGUAUUCAUCCAUCCAAUGAAUCAAUCAUCCUCCAAUGGUCCGGCCAAUUCCAAGGACAGGUGCAACAUAUCGGCUUCUCAACAGGCUGGGGUUCAGUCGGGGAGUUCAAGAUCUGGAGGAAGGAAGAUUCUGACGACAAUCACAAUGAGGCCUUCACAUUGGGGGUUCCACACAACAUGGUGCCUGGAUCAGAAAGAGCCACUGCAUCCAUGAUUGGAGAUGUCAUGGGCCCCACUUUAAAUAACCUGGACAAUCUUCUUAGACUUCCCUUUGGGUGUGGUGAGCAGAACAUGAUCCACUUUGCCCCAAACGUCUUUGUUCUGAAGUACUUGCAGAAGACCAGGCAGCUCAGCCAGGAGGUCGAAAAUGAAGCUACAGACUAUUUGCUUCAAGGCUACCAGAGACAACUCACCUACAAGCGGCAGGAUGGAUCCUACAGUGCCUUUGGCGAAAGGGACUCUUCCGGGAGUAUGUGGUUGACAGCUUUUGUGCUGAAGUCCUUCGCUCAGUCCCGAGGUUUCAUCUUUAUUGACUCUGAGGAGCUUCACGCCGCGAAGUCCUGGCUCAUCAAACACCAGCAAGAUGACGGUUCCUUCCCUGCUAUGGGACGCAUCCUCAACAAAGACCUCCAGGGCGGGAUCCAUGGGAAGAUUUCCCUCACAGCCUAUGUGGUAGCGGCUCUGCUGGAGACCGGGAUCACCACAGAGGAGGAGAAGGUGGCGGUUGCCAAAGCGAGGGACUUCCUGGAGAGCAGCUUGCAUUCUGCGGACGACCCGUACACCACCGCUCUGUCUGCGUACACCUUGGCUCUGCUGCGCAGCCCGUACGCUCCUCUGGCUUUGCGCCGCCUUAACCACAUGGCCAUCACACAAGAUGGACUGACCCACUGGAGUCUGACGGGCAGCACUGUGACCGAUGAAGACACCUUCAUGGGCUUCAGUGACGGUCUCUCUCAGUCAGUGGUGUCAGCAGAGGUGGAGAUGACCGCCUACGGUCUUCUGACCUACACCCUCCUGGGGGACGUGGCCUCCGCCCUGCCUGUGGUCAAAUGGCUCUCCCAGCAAAGGAAUGCCUUGGGUGGCUUCUCCUCAACACAAGACACGUGUGUGGCUCUGCAGGCCUUGUCAGAGUACGCCAUCUUGUCUUAUGUAGGAGGGGUCAACCUGACCAUCUCACUGGCGUCCACCAACCUUGACUUCCAGGAGACCUUUGAGCUAAACAAAGACAACAAGAAGCUGCUCCAGAGCGCCAAGAUCCCGAGUAUCCCCACAGGCCUGUUUGUCAGCGCUAAAGGAGAAGGCUGCUGCCUCAUGCAGAUUGAUGUCUCUUAUAACGUUCCCGAUCCAGUCUCCAAACCAGCUUUCCACCUCAAAGUGGAUCUGAAAGAGCCUUUUCAGGAGCGACACGCCCAGCCUCCGUCCACCUCCUCUCACCACACCGCCUCACGCUCCCGGAGCCGAGCGGACAACCGCUCCGAGCUGAACCGGAAACGGCGGGCGCCCAUUGAGGACGACGAUCCUUCAGCUCACAAGGACAAAAUGGACUUUCGCAUCUCCUUAGAAGUUUGCGCCAGAUGGCUCCAUUCUGGCUCAUCAAAUAUGGCCGUCAUUGAGGUUCCAAUGAUUUCGGGUUUCCGAGCAGACAUAGAAAGUCUAGAAAGGAUACUGAUGGACAAGCGGGUGGGCCUGAAGAGAUACGAGCUGGACGGGAGAAAAGUGUUGCUCUAUUUUGAUGAGAUUCCCAGUCAAUGUAUGACAUGUGUGGCCUUCCAAGCCGUCAGGGAAUUCAUUGUGGGCAAGACGGCGCCUGUUCCGGUCAAGAUCUACGACUACUACGAACCAGCAUUCGAGGCCACCAGGUUCUACAAUGUUAGUGAGAGCAGCCCACUGGCCCGUGAGCUGUGUGAUGGACCCACCUGCAAUGAAGUGGAGAGUUCAACCAAUCGGUGGAUAGGUUUCGUGCAACCAAACCAGUGCAACAACGUGUUCGGCUGCCUGGAGGAGGAGCAGUUUGAGCGCUGCACCUGCUACAGAGACUGCGGCUACGAUGGCGAGCCGGUGUGCGGGUCGGAUGGGCAGCUCUACCAAAACCAGUGUCAAAUGGAGGUCUUUGCCUGUCGAAACGGGACACGCAUCAGAGAGGUUUCUGUGUCCCAGUGCCCUCCUGUGGAAACGACCGGAGACGGUCAUCCAGCAGCAAACCAGGACACGGGGCAACCAUCGGUUCCAGUCAACGCGGGUGAGGAGGAGCAGGGCUCCGUGGCAGAGGCCUCCUACUACUCCUACGAGUACGACUCCGACUCCGAGCCUUUCCUGGCGGAUGCAGAAGGAGGCGACCGCGUUGAGCCCAAGAUGUUCCUUCCAGCCGACGCCCAGCUCGCCGUGAUGGACACAAAAAGCAUCCCUGAGCGAUGAAAUGUCCCGUGAAGCUCCGCCCUCCUCCAAACUGUAUCAUACUUGUGAAUAAGCUCAUGAAUGAAACGAGGAGCCGAGGACUCGCCUGGAGGAAGAGUUUGCUCUCAGAGAAUGUGUGAUGUAUGUGUGUUCUUGUGUGCAACCGGAUGAUUGUGAAAUGUCAAAAUGAUGAUUAAGAUAGAAAGCUCUAGAUUUGUAUUUAUCAUCAUCUACACUCCUAGUCACCAAUAAGCACCGUAGCGUUUUGUUUUAUUCACUGUUAUCUUCACUAGAAGAAAUAAUCACAUAUUUAUGUUUGUAAUUACACCUGAUGUUAAGCAAACAUGUUGUUAUAUUUUCUAUCUGUGGUAUUUAUUUGUAUCUACAGGUCAUAUUUGUUAUUUUGUGAUGAUGUUUCCUGUUCAGUCGACUAAUUCCCCCGCGGUCGAGUCGAAGAGCGUGUUCCGUUGUGGCGAGCUUUAACCCGAUUCCUGAAAGUUUGAGGAAAUUCUCGUGACGGUUUGAUGCAGGAAACAAAACACAGAUGCUCACCAGAUGCUUUACCGGAACAUGCGCUGAUGUGUUUUUCAUUUUCAAGAUUUUUUGAAUUUUUCUGUCAGUUUAUCAUCGCAGGAGAGAGGAGAAACAUAAGUUGGGAGGGGAGAGAAGACCUCAGGCUCCGCUGAAAGCCAGGACUUUGCAUUUACCGGGGAGGUUCUUUUGGACCGCAGCAGCGUCUCUGAAGCUUUCAUGACAGGAUCGUCAUCCGUUCUCUUGUGGUUUGAUUGUACAGUUCAUAAGCUAUUUUAUUUUUGUUCAGUUUUGAUCAUUUUAAAUUAUGUAAAUGUACCAAAUUGAAAUACAUACCAACCCUGAUCUAUUUCAAACAUGGUUUGUAAAAGACGAAUGAGAAUAAAAUGUAUAAACACUGAA